GUGUAGUACCCAGUUGCAAUCAUGCUAAUGCUGGCAGCACCCUAUCUUUUUCUCUCCCAAUCUAACUUUCCCUUGAAAAAGAGCUUAAAAACCUCUCUUUUCUCUCUCUCCCUCUCUCAAAUAUGUCAGUGUUAGUGGAUCUUUUAUUGGUUCUUUCUUCUUCUUCUUCUUCUUCUUCUUCUAUCUCUCUCGUAGUUUUCCCUCAGUUGUGGGUAUUGACAGUGGUGUGAAUAAGUAGCUAUAGAUUCCAAGUUUGAGGAUUUUCUGCAGAUCCUAUGAGGGGAGGGUGCAAAUUUUGUAAUAAAAGCUGAAAAGGAAUAAAGAAACAGAAAAAAAUUUAAGGUAAAGAGAAGUGAAAAAAUGGAGGUUGAUGCAAACUCAAUCUCAAGGUUUUACUACUGCCAUAGUACAAAAGCCCAUUUGUCUUAGAGUGAUGUUAAUGGAGGUGAUCCUCCUUGUUUAGAUGCAAACUUGCCUAAAUUAGCAAUCUUAGUGGGAUUUUGACUGGUUUGAAUACCCACAUCAAAUCAAGUCUCCAAAAAGAGAGCAAAAGACAGAUAAAGACCUAUUGGUCCCAUGUUUAUUUAUUUUCUUACCUCUCAAUCCUUCCUUCUUUAGACACUCGAAGAAUUUCUAGUCUUCCUCUCUCUUAGUUGCUCAGAAUUUUGCAUGCGUUUAACUUGGUAAUGGCUGAUCAAGGCGGGAAUAGCUUGAUAAGGGACUACAGGAAGGGAAAUUGGACAGUGAGUGAGACAAUGGUGUUGAUUGAGGCAAAAAGAAUGGAUGAUGAGAGAAGAAUGAAGAGAAGUAGUGACAGUGAAGGAAGAAGUAAACCAGCAGAGCUUAGAUGGAAAUGGGUUGAGGAUUAUUGCUGGAGAAAAGGAUGUUUAAGGAGCCAAAACCAGUGCAACGACAAGUGGGAUAAUCUCAUGAGAGAUUACAAGAAAGUGAGAGAUUAUGAAAGAAGAAUAGCUGAGAACGGAGAUGAGAAUGAAGCUUUAUCCUAUUGGAAACUUGAAAAGAAUGAGAGAAAAGACAAAAACUUGCCUAGCAAUAUGUUACUUCAGGUUUAUGAAGCUUUGGUGGGGGUGGUGGAGAGGAAGGGAAGCCAAAAAAUGGUGACUGUGACUACUAGUGCUGGUGGGUCAGCUUCCAAUCCAAAUAUUACCUAUGUGAUGGAAAGACCUAUUACUAGUGUUCAUCCUCCGUUGCCUCCCCUUCUGCAACAUCAAGUCUCAGUUUCAGUUCCUGUAUUACAUCCACGACUACCCCCACCACCACCGCCACAAGUGCAAGCAUCUCCUUCUCUUUCAUAUUCUCAGCCAUUGCCAGCAAUGUGUAAUAUUGGCUCAGAUUCUGACACAAGUGGGCAUUCAGACUCACCGGCAAAGAGGAGGAGGAGGAGGAGAGGAGGAGGAGGAGGCGGAGGAGAAGCAAGCAGUGGCGGGAGUGGAAGCACAUCACAAGAAGUGGGAAGUGCAAUCUCUAAAAGCGCUUCUAUAAUUGCAGAAGCCAUUCAGGCCUGCGAGGAGAGGAAAGAGAGAAGACACAGAGAUCUCUUGAGUUUGCAUGAGAGAAAACUUAAAGUGGAGGAAUCUAAGACUGAGAUUAACAGGCAAUGCAUCAGUGGUUUGGUUGAUGCCAUUAACAAUCUUGCUAAUUCAAUCUUUGCUUUGGCUUCCCAUAAGAACCAAUCAACUCCUAAAUAAUGAUUUAAUCAUGUUACAGCUUAGCCACAUAUUUAAUUAUCAUUAUUUUCUUUCUAUUCAUAUUUUAAUUAAUUAUUUUUCUUCUUCGGUCCCCA